GGAUGAGAAGAAACUCUCACGUCCAGUUCUGCAGUAGAGAUGGAAUUACAAAGGAACCAUCAACUAUAACCCCAAAAGAACUCGAUUCCGUAAACAACAUAGAGGAAGAAUGAAGGGAAUAUCUUAUCGGGGUAAUCGUAUUUGUUUCGGAAGAUAUGCUCUUCAGGCACUUGAACCCGCUUGGAUCACGUCUAGACAAAUAGAAGCCGGGCGACGAGCAAUGACACGAAAUGCACGUCGCGGUGGAAAAAUAUGGGUCCGCGUUUUUCCUGACAAACCUGUUACAGUAAGACCCGCAGAAACCCGUAUGGGUUCGGGGAAAGGAUCUCCCGAAUAUUGGGUAGCUGUUGUCAAACCAGGUCGAAUACUUUAUGAAAUAAGCGGAGUAGCAGAAAAUGUAGCCCGAAGAGCUAUCACAAUAGCGGCAUCAAAAAUGCCUAUACGAACUCAAUUCAUUAUUUCAGGAUAA